ACCCAAUUGACCAGCAAUUCAAGCGCAAUGGCUCAAGUUAUCCCUAUGAUCAGAGAACGUCUCUCUGGAAUGAAUUUCAACGUUCCUGAACGCUUCCGCAGCGAGCGCUUUGCUAAUUUGCGACCUCUCAAUGAGUUCUUUGAUAUCCGUAGGGUAUCCAAGCCAGCGCAUUUCGGCGAUGUUACCCAGCGUGUCAACUACAACCUCUCCCGGUUCAGCAGCAACUAUGCUGUCAUCUUCGCUAUGCUCUGCUUUUACAGCUUGAUCUCCAACCCUUUGCUCCUCUUCGUCAUUGGUCUCGUCGUCGGUGGGAUGUUUCUUAUCGGAAAGCUCAACGGUGAGGCUUUGAGCAUCGGCCCUGUCCACGCUACUACCUCCCAGUUAUAUACCGGUCUCCUCGUCGUUGCCGUCCCUCUUGGUUUCCUCGCUUCUCCGAUUUCGACCGUGUUCUGGCUUUUGGGUGCAAGCGCCGUCACUAUCUUGGGUCACGCGUCGUUCUUGGAGCCCCCGGUGGAGUCUGCGUUUGAGGAGCAGCAGGUGUAGGGCGUUUAUGGAUAGAAGGACGUGUUGGAUUUAAUGAGGAGGAAUGUAGAGGGACAGACGAUGUCGUAAUGG